AUGGCGUCCGAGGCAGGUCAGAAACUGACAGAAAAUUCCAUUCUACACUCUCUCAAUCCCAGUGCUGCCGAUGAGGAGCUGUUGUCAGUCUUUCACCAAGACAUUCUUGAGGCCGUCAACGUACUUAAGCAUGCCAUCGACAAUGAUUUCAAAUCCCAUGCAAUACCGAGCAACGUCAAGAAGCUGCCGAGCCGCAGCUCGCGCCUAGUGAGACAGCAGGUGCAGGUUAUCAGUCAACUCCUCUUCCCCGACUACAGUCCUGACAAAGCAAUCAUCCAUUAUGAGGCUAGUCGUAGGAAAGCCUGCCAGAUUGUCCGAGCCAACGAGGAAUACGAGAAGGCGACCAAGGAAGCCCUCAAGGCUAGCCCGGUGACGCAAGGACCGUGGGCUGGGCAAGAGCUCGAUCCCAUCCCUCUGACUGGUCCAGUAGCUCUGCCAAUGCCUGUGCAGAUCGGCGAAGAGGAGCAUUUUAAGGAUUGCUUUCGUUUCUUGGCUUCUGACAUGGACCCAAACGAUUUCCUCCCUGGCGGAUCAAAGCACGCUCAGGGACAGGACAAAGCGCACAACUUGCGGGUGGGCAACGAGCUGAUCUGGGGCACGCCGAUGGUCGAAUUCGAUCGCGGAGUCGUGUAUGCUGACCAACGACUCGACCUCUGCAAGAUGGUGGUCGGCCCCACCCACAUCGAGGCGCUGAUGGACUCACUCAAGUCAAACAGCUUUGUCAAGCACUUUCUGCUGGGGAACAACAUCAUCUCUGCCACCGGUUGCUACGCCAUCGCCUCCUUCAUCAAGGAGAAGCCCGACCAGAUGGAGACUUGGUACUUGGCUGGCAAUCAUAUCAAGCCCGCGGGUUUUGCGGAUCUAGUCAGUGCAAUGGUCACCAGCUCCAGCAUCACCAAUGUCUGGCUGAAGAGAAAUCCUCUUGGGCCGAGCUCGGUCGGCAACCUCACUAGACUGAUCUUGGAGACCCGCAACCUCCGAACUCUUGACCUGGAAAACACGGAGCUGGGCGACGAGGCCGUGGCUCGACUAUUCACCAACCUGAAGGGCAAGGCCUUUGCUCUGAAGAACGUAUUCCUCAAUGCAAACGGGAUUGGUGUGAAGGGGGCCCAAGCCAUCGCUGAGACGCUUGAGGCAGGGUGGCAACCGGAGUCGCUCAUGCUGGGAACAAAUCCGACCGGCGAUGAGGGCGCUUUCCGUCUCGCCAGAGCCCUUCACUCCAACACAUCGCUCGUCCGUGUCGCUCUCCAGUCCAACGGCCUCACAAGCACCGGCAUCUCCGCCAUCUGCGAGGCUUUGUCCGGACACCCUGCCAUUCGCUCCGUCGUCCUCUCGCCCAGCAUGACUACCCAUGCUCACGGCCAGCGCUACAACUACAUCGACGACGAUGCCCUGCCUGCGCUCAAGCAGCUCCUACGGAACCCGCAGCUCCGCUUGCUGGACCUCGGUCGCACUGCCUUCUCCGCUCAAGGGGUGGAAGCGUUUCGUGAUGCCGUUGCGUCCUCCACUCUCUGCCACUUGCGGGCCUUCCACGGUGAAUUGAGGGAGAGCAAAGACUGCGCACUGCGUGUCGACCAGCAGCUCAAACACAACACUCAGCGAUUCUACAACAUGUCCACGAGUGAAUUCAAUAGCGGACUGGGACUACGACUGCUUCGCAAUACCGCCGACGUUCGUCUGAUCGACAGUGUCUACCGCACUCGCGACAAGAGAAACAACUUCGACAACGUCAAGCAGUACUGGGACGAGGGCGACCCGGUGUGGGCCAUGAUCGAUGCGAAAUGGAAUGAGGUUAUGCAUUUGGACUCUCGCUAA